AACGAUAACAAAAUGCCCAUAAACCUGAUAUAGGACCUCACUGUUGAGUGAGCUACCAUUUGGGAUUAACUCUCUGUUUAGGAUUACCUGAGAUUUAUUUAACAGAAGCAUAACUGUAAAGCAGAAGAGGGAGAAAUCCAGAAUGUUCACAAAGCUGCCAGCUGUUGUAUUACUGCUGCUUGGUCACUCGUUCACGCAGGCGAACUGCACGGCCAUCCACCAGGCCGGGUACUGCUCCUUCAGCGAGGACUGCGGCAAGAACCCGGAUGUGAGCAACAACCUACUCCCGGCCAGGGUGCCCUGUGUGUAUAAUGGGCCGGCCCUCAACUUGACUGGGAGUCACCUGUCCCUGCUGAGGAAGGUGUGCCCCAUGCUCUACACCGGAAGCUCCAGCACACGGGCAUGUUGUGCCACCAAGCAGCUGAAGAUGCUGGAGCAGAGUCUGUCCCUCUCCAAGGCGCUGCUGGCCCGCUGCCCCUCCUGCGUGCAGAACUUCAUCAACCUCCACUGCCAGAACACGUGCAGCCCCAACCAAAGCCUCCACAUCGAGGUCAGCAGGACCUUCAUGUCCAACGUGUCGGGGUUGCUGCGCCUGGCGGUGCUCGAGUACCGGUGUUACUACCAGCGUCAGUUUGCCGACGGGGCCUUCGACUCCUGCAAGAACGUGCGGAUCCCAGCCACUGGCGGCUACGCCAUCUCGCCCAUGUGCGGCAAGUACGGCGCGGCGCUGUGUACCACCCAGCGCUGGCUCAACUUCCAGGGGGACUCCAGCAACGGCCUGGCCCCCCUCGACAUCGACUUCGUGCUGCUGGCCGCCAACGCGACGAGGCCCGCCGGCGGCUUCGUGCCCUACGGCGGCCACUCCUGGAGGUGCAACGAGUCCACGUCCAGCCACGGCCAGGCUUGUUCCUGCCAGGACUGCACGGCCUCCUGCCCACCCAUCCCGGGCCCGCCGCCGCCCCCGGCCCCCUGGAAGAUCGGAGGCCUCCCCGGCUCCUUGGUGGUUUGCAUCGCCAUCUUCUGCUUGCUGACCGCCCUCUUCGCCCUCUACCUGACUCUCCGCUGGGCACUGAGGAGCCGGCUGGCGGGCAAGGCUUCCCCGGCGGCCCCGGCAGAAGGGGACUGUGCCUACAGGGUAAGCCAGGUCACCCAAGGGUGGGUGGCCGACGCCUUCAGGUGCUGGGGGACAGCGGUGGCGCGACACCCGCUGCUGGUCAUCGGCACCUCGGUGGUCGCAGUGGCGGUGCUCUCGGCCGGCCUGACCUACAUCACGCUGACCACCGAUCCGGUGCAGCUGUGGUCGGCGCCCAACAGCCGCGCCCGGCGGGAGAAAGACUUCCACGACGCCAACUUCGGCCCCUUCUUCCGCACCGAUCAGAUUAUUAUCACCGUGAGCAACCGGUUGGACUACACCUACGAGUCGGUGCUGUUCGGCAAAAACAAGUUCUCGGGCAUCUUCGACAAGGGCAUCCUCUUGGAACUGCUGGACUUCCAGACCAGGCUGCAGAACAUCGAGGUGUGGUCCGAAAAGGCCCAGAGGAACGUCAGCCUCAAGGACUUCUGCUACGCACCGCUCAACCCUUACGAUCCGCGUUCCAACGACUGCGCCGUGAACAGCCUCCUCCAGUACUUCCAGAACAACAGGAGCAGGAUCAACGCCGUGGCCCAGCAGAUCGUAGCCGGCAGGAAAGGCACCGUGGACUGGCGGGACCAUUUCCUCUACUGUGUUAACUCUCCUCUGUCAUUCAAGGACAAUACAGAGAUGGGGUUGAGCUGCAUGGCCGAUUACGGUGCGCCCGUCUUUCCAUUCUUGGCAGUUGGUGGAUACUCAGGUGAAGAUUUCUCCCAAGCCCAAGCACUCAUCAUGACAUUCUCUCUAAACAGCUACAGUCGCGACGAUCCCAAAUUCGAAUUUACGUUGCUCUGGGAGAAAGAAUACUUAAAAAUUCUACAACAGUACAAGCAGAACAAAUCCAUCAGUUUCAACUUUGUCUACAUGUCAGAGCGCUCCCUGGAAGAUGAGAUCAACAGAACCACGGCACAAGAUAUUCCAAUUUUUGCCAUCAGUUACUUGGUUAUAUUUAUUUACAUUGCCUUGGCCCUUGGGGAGUAUUCCAGCUGGAAGACUAUUAUGAUUGACUCAAAGAUUACGCUUGGGUUAGGCGGGAUUCUUGUGGUGCUGGGAGCUGUCUUAUCGUCCAUGGGCUUUUACGCUUAUAUUGGAGUUCCUUCCUCCCUCAUCGUCCUGGAGGUGGUUCCCUUUCUAGUGCUUGCUGUGGGUGCAGACAAUAUAUUCAUCCUCGUUCUCCAGUAUCAGAGGGACGAGAGGAAAGCGGGAGAACCUCGGGAGGAACAGAUCGGCCGUGUGCUGGGCGAGGUGGCUCCCAGCAUGCUUCUCUGCAGCUUCUCCGAGUCCAUCUGCUUCUUCCUUGGUGCCCUCACCAAGAUGCCAGCGGUGCGCACGUUCGCGCUGUACGCGGCACUGGCUGUACUCCUCGACUUCCUGCUCCAGAUGUCGGCCUUCGUAGCCCUGUUGUCCCUGGACGCUCGGAGAGAGGAGGCAGCCAGGUUUGACAUAUGUUGCUGCGUACAGUCAAAACAUAGGAAGAAGAAGAAGAAGAGAGACGGUGUCUUGCUGACCUUAAUGAGAGAGUAUUAUGCCCCUUUCCUACUGCACUCUGUUACAAGGAUUAUUGUGAUGAUUACGUUCCUCUUCAUGCUGUGCGCUGCUAUAUUUUUGAUGUUACAUGUCCGCGUGGGCCUCGACCAGGAGCUGGCUUUGCCAACGGACUCAUACAUGUUGGAUUACUUUGCUGCCCUCAACAAAUAUUUUGAAGUGGGUGUCCCUGUGUACUUCGUCACAACUGCCGGUUACAACUUCUCCACCAGAGCUGGGAUGAACGGAGUCUGUGCCAGCGUGGGAUGUGACAACAACUCCCUGGCGCAGAAGAUCCAGUACGCCACGGAGUUCCCCAAAGAGUCCUAUAUGGCCAUCCCUGCUUCCUCGUGGGUGGAUGAUUUUAUUGACUGGCUAAACCCCAUGUCACGUUGCUGUAGAACCUUCAUCUUUGGACCCAAUGCUGGCCAGUUCUGCCCAGCUACCAAUGAUAAACUGUCAUGUGUGAAGAAAUGCCUCCCGCCGAACCUCAGUGGCAUUGUCAGACCAACCACUGGGAAGUUUAACAAGUUCCUACCCUACUUUCUGAAUGAUACCCCCACGCUGGAGUGCUCCAAGGGAGGUUUGGGAGCCUAUGGGAACGCUGUGAGGAGAGGCGAAGGAGGGGAAAUUUUGGCCUCCAGAUUCAUGGCGUAUCACACACCUUUGAAAAACUCCCUGGAAUACACCGCGGCGCUGAAGGCAGCUCGAGUGAUCGCCGACAGUAUCACAGAAACCAUGAGAAAGGUUCCGGGGACAGACCCAAGCUUCGAAGUCUUCCCCUACUCAAUUACCUACGUGUACUACGAACAGUAUCUGACCGUAGUCAGUGAAGGGGUUUUCAAUGUCGGUAUCUGCCUGAUCCCGACGUUCGUGGUGUGCUGCAUUCUGUUGGGAAUGGACAUCCGGUCGGGCUUCCUGAACCUCAUCACUAUAGUCAUGAUCAUCGUGGACACGGUUGGAGCGAUGACCCUGUGGAAUAUCGACUUCAAUGCCGUCUCUCUCAUCAACUUGGUUACGGCCGUGGGCAUGUCUGUGGAGUUUGUCUCUCACCUCACGCGCACGUUUGCUGUCAGCACCAAGGAGAGUAAAGUGGAACGAGCGAAGGAAGCGACCGCAAACAUGGGCAGUGCGGUGUUUGCUGGCGUUGCCAUGACCAACCUUCCCGGCAUCAUCGUGCUGUACUUUGCAAAGGCGCAGCUCAUCCAGAUCUUCUUCUUCCGUCUGAACCUUGUGAUUACGCUGCUGGGUAUGGCUCACGGCCUCAUCUUCCUCCCCGUUCUCCUCAGCUACUUCGGCCCAAGUAUCAACACUGCAGCGCUCCAGCAAGGACGAGCAGACAGUGAGACUCCGGCCCAGAACAUAAACUGCAUAGUCUUCGGGAACAACAGUCUCGUCGGGGAUUGGAAACCCCCACCCACUGCGCAGUGCAAUGGAACAGCUGAGCAGGAAGAACUCUCAACUCCAGGACACACAACCUCUCCUGAGGAAGAUUGCACCCAGUCCAAAACGCAGACGAACUGUACAGGCCCCUUGGGCACUCCCUUGUGAAACCUCCUCGUGUCCUACCUCUCACACUGAGGAGCUGGGGAUAUGGUAACAGCUGGUCAGCCAACUCUGAAAUUCAUUGGGGUGAAUUCUCCCAUUGGGAUCACAUGGUUUACUGUUUAACCCCUCGGGAGAUGCAGUGCCCACCCCUACUAUAACCUGCUGGACUGAAUCAAUUGUGUAUUCUGCUGCUCGGUUCCCAGUGACCUGCUUAUGUUUCCAGUGUCUGCAGAAUCCCUUGAGUUCCUGGAACACAUUCACUCAACAGCAAUUACCACACCUUUCCCCGUGGGACACUGUGAACUUUCCAACCCAUCCCUCUGCAACGCGUGGAAGACCAGGGAGCAGAAUUAAGCCAUUUGGCCCAUCAUGUCUGCUCUACCGUUCCUGAUGGCUGAUUUAUUAAUCCUUCUCAACCCCAUUCCCCUGUUGUUUCCCCGUAACCUUUGACACCCUGACUAAUCAGAUUCAUUCGUUUAUCACAUGAAACAGAGAAAUGUGUCAUUUGUGUUAACGACAAAUCUCAGGGUUGUAUACUGUGUACAUACUUUGAUAAUAAAUGUACUUUGCAUCUUUGAACCAACUGAACGAUGUGCUGGGCACAGCCCGCAAGCGUCACCACACAUUCCAGCACCCACAGUGUUCAGUAGGACAACGCAAGCCCCUUCCCUCCCACCCAUUUACACACACGCGCGCGCGUACAAACCUAUUAACCUCUGCUUUCAGUACACCCAAUGACUUGGCCUCCAAAGUCCUCUGUGGCAAUGAAUUCCACAGAUUCACCACCCUCUGCCUCUGUCUGUCUCUGUUCUAAAGUGACGUCCUUUUAUUCUGAGGCUGUGUCCUCUAACCCUCAGCUCCCCCACUAUAGGAGCUCUCCUCUCCACAUCCAUUCUAUCUAAGCUUUCCAAUAUUCGAUAGGUUUCGGUGAGAACCCCCCCCCACCCCCACCAGUCAUGCAGAUUUUUUAAAAAAUCUAGGCCGCAAGUUGAGGGAAGCCCUCUGUUGGUCAGGGUCGAUCAUGGUGCUAUGUCCUAAUUGUCUAUGGGAUACGCAGGCCAGGGCAGUACAAUAUGGAGAGUGAGCUGUUGCCCAUGUUGCAAGCUGAUGAAUCCAAAGGAACUGCAGAGACCAAUACAGUUUGGGUACCUGCGGCGUUGCCAGUCAGCAUUGAACUGAACGUAGGACUGCCUUAGGGACUCCAGCUCCAGAUAUCUCCUCUGGGUUAACUCCCAAAGGCUUCCCCAUGAGUGGGUUUAGCAGCAAGGCAGCGGAGGUUUGAGAUCAGAGUUUUCCUUCUCCGAGAUGAGCUGCCAACCACGGCUGACGAGCCUCAUCUGCCCGAAGCAACUGGUUUUAAGGCACCAGUAGCCUGCUUUUGCCCCUUGUUCUGCCCGUAGGAACAGUUCCACCGGGUUUAGUAGCUAAGCCACACGUGAAGGCCAGGAGCUGGACUUGGUUGUCAGAGGCUAUUUGAGGCGCACGCCACUGGAAUAUUUAAUAGGUACUGGGAGCUUAUCCCCAUUACCAGCCCCGGCUAUAACACCUUAAGAACAAAACUGAGUUUGCUUUGUGCAGGGAACAUAACAAUCGAUUUUUGCACAGCCCAGUCCCACAUGGCAGUUAAUGCCUAGUUCAUAUGUUUAUUGGUGCGGGUUAAGUAAUUAACUAUCAUGUCAGGGAGAUCUCCACAUUUAUGUCAGUGCCUCCUAUUGUUAUUUAUGCUCUCAGCUCGGUCUUUUGGUUUUAAUUGUGCCUUGAGGUGCAGUGCUCCCUCCUUACUGUAGAGGGAGCUCCAGUUUGUGUUUUCUCCUUGGAUACAUGAGAGAUGAUGGAAACUGAAGCAACAACCAAAGUGCUGGAGAAACCCAGAGGGUCAGACAGCAUCUGUGGAAGGAAAUGGGUAGUCAUUGUUUUGGGCUGACACCCUUUCCAUGUCCAAAUGAAGCAUCGCCACCAGAAAUACUGAAUCCAUUUCUCCCCUCAGAGCUGCUGAACUCCUGCAGCCAAUUAUAAACACAAGAUUCUGCCCAUAUUGUAGCAGGCGACACUUGUGGGCUGCCCCCAGCAUAUUUCGGACCGUGUUGGCCGUUGUUGCAAACGACGCAUUUCACCAGACAUUUCGAUGUACAUGUGACAAAUCAAGCUCGGCUUAAAAAAUGCUAGAAACACCCAGCAGGUGGUGCACCACCCAUGGAGAGGGAAGCAGUGAAAACGUUUCAGAAUCAGGUUUAAUAUCACUGGCAUAUGUUGUGAAAUUUGUUGUUUCACAGCAUAUUUCAGCUGGAUGAUCUUCUCGCAUAUGUCACCUGACCUGCCAAGUUUUUCCAGCACUUGCUGAUUUUAUUUCAGGUUUCCAGCAUCUGCAGGUCUCUGAGAUGUCCUCACUGCUCCUGGGGCUUUCCCCCCACUAAUGAAACACUGCAGCAGUGUAAUAAAGUGGCAAUAUUUUGUAACAUAAUGAAACACCAAAAAACGUUUUUUGUAUUUAUAUAUGCUAAUAUUUUCUCCACAGAGAUAAAUAUCUACAUAAAUGCCCUAUUGCACAUCAGAAUUCUAACAUAAAUAAAGUCCAGGGAUUUAAAGUUUUUCUUGGUCCGUAUUCAGAAGCGGAGUAGGUAUAGGGAUAGCUCCCCUGAACUUUCCUGAUCAUCCUCGGCAUCUUAAUUCCACCGACAUCUCAUUUUAUCAAUGUUUGACUCUUCCCCCCAGCCAUUCAAUUUAAGCCGCAACUGCUUGAAACAACUUUAUUACUAGCCUUAAUCCCAAAAUUCACCCCCUCUCCAUCCUGAGAUUCCCUCAAUAAAAGGAACUUCAUCAACACUUCAUUGGCGGGGGGGGGCGGGGGGUUUACCAGGAUGCUGCCUGGAUUAGAGGGAAUGUGCUAUAACGAGAGGCUGGACAAACUUGGGUUGUUUUCUCUGGAGCGCCAGAGGCUGAGGGGAGAUCUGAUAGAGGUUUAUAAGAUUAUGAGAGGCAUAGAUAGAUGACAAUAUCCUUUUCCAAGAGUUGAAAUGUCUUAAUAUCAGAGAGCAUGCAUUUAAGGUGAGAGGAAUUAAUUACAGAGGAGAUGUGAGAGAAUUUUUUUUAUAUAUACACAAAGUGGUGGGUGCCUGGGGUGGUGGUAAAGGCAAAAACAUUAGAGACUUUUAAGAGACUCUUAGACUCACGUGAUGGUGAGGGAAAUAGAAGGAUAUGGACAUUAACUAAUGUCCUUGGAUAUUUCUGAUCGUGUCCAAGAUAUCCUGAAGUGGGAGGGUGAAGAGCCAGAGGUCCUGGUACAUAUAGGUACCAAUGACAUAGGUAGGAAAAGGGAUGAGGUCCUGAAAGAAGAAUAUAGGGAGCUAGGAAGGGAGUUGAGAAAAAGGACCGCAAAGGUAGUAAUCUCGGGAUUACUGCCUGUGCCACGCGACAGUGAGAGUAGGAAUGCGAUGAGGUGGAGGAUAAAUGCGUGGCUGAGGGAUUGGAGCAGGGGGCAGGGAUUCAAGUUUUUGGAUCAUUGGGACCUCUUUUGGCGCAGGUGUGACCUGUACAAAAAGGACGGGUUACACUUAAAUCCUCGGGGGACCAAUAUCCUGGCAGGGAGAUUAGCGGGGGCUACUGAGGUGACUUUAAACUAGAAUGGUUGGGGGGGGGGAAUCAAAUUAAAGCGGCUAGGUGUGAGGAGGUUAGUUCACAACAGAGGGAUGGGAACCAGUGCAGAGAGACAGAGGGGUGUAAAGUGAGCGUAGAAGCAAAAAGUACAAAGGGGAAAAGUAAAAGUGGCAGGCCGACAAAUCCAGGGCAAG